AUGCCGGAGGCCUGGGAGACAGACGGGAGCAUUGACGGGGUUGGGGUGGAGCCGGUUGGAGAGAGGGGUGGGGCAGAGAUGUGGAUGGGUGGCGAUGGAGCUUGUUACAUGAGCUGCACCUACGAUACGAAGGUAGAUGUGUGUUCUGACUACAGAAGUUACCUGUGUGCAGGGUCAGGCCAGCAGGGUCAGGCCAAGCAGGGUGAGACCAAGCAGGGUGAGGCCAAGCAGGGUAAGCCCAAGCAGGGUGAGGCCAAGCAGGGUGAGCCCAAGCAGGGUGAGGUCAAGCCGGGUCAGGCCAAGCUGGGUCAGGCCAAGCAGAGUGAGGCCAAGCAGGGUGAGGCAAAGCAGGGUGAGCCCAAGCAGGGUGAGGCCAAGCAGGGUGAGGCCAAGCAGGGUGAGGCCAAGCAGGGUGAGGCCAAGCAGGGUGAGGCCAAGCAGGGUGAGCCCAAGCAGGGUGAGGCCAAGCAGGGUGAGGCCAGCAGGGUGAUGCCAAGCAGGGGUGAGGCCAAGCAGGGUGAGCCCAAGCAGGGUGAGCCCAAGCAGGGUGAGGCCAAGCAGGGUGAGGCCAAGCAGGGUGAGCCCAAGCAGGGUGAGGUCAAGCCGGGUGAGGCCAACCAGGGUCAUCCCAACAACGGUGAGGCCAAGCAGGGUGAGCCCAAGCAGGGUGAGGCCAAGCAGGGUGAGCCCAAGCAGGGUGAGGUCAAGCCGGGUCAGGCCAAGCUGGGUCAGGCCAAGCAGAGUGAGGCCAAGCAGGGUGAGCCCAAGCAGGGUGAGGCCAAGCAGGGUGAGGCCAACCAGGGUCAUCCCAACCACGGUGAGUCCAAGCAGGGUGAGCCCAAGCAGGGUGAGGCCAAGCAGGGUCAGGCCAAGCAGAGUGAGGUCAAGCAGGGUGAGCCCAAGCAGGGUGAGGCCAAGCAGGGUGAGGCCAACCAGGGUCAUCCCAACCACGGUGAGGCCAAGCAGGGUGAGCCCAAGCAGGGUGAGGCCAAGCAGGGUGAGGCCAAGCAGGGUGAGGCCAAGCAGGGUGAGACCAAGCAGAGUGAGACCAAGCAGGGUGGGCCCAAGCAGGGUGAGGUCAAGCCGGGUCAGGCCAAGCUGGGUCAGGCCAAGCAGAGUGAGGCCAAGCAGGGUGAGGCAAAGCUGUGUCAGGCCAAGCUGUGUCAGGCCAAGCUGUGUCAGGCCAAGCAGGGUGAGGCCAAGCAGGGUCAACCCGAGCUGGGUGUGGUCAAGCCGGGUCGGGCCUAG